AUGGCUUCGAGGAAAUUGGAUAACAUAAUAGGGUUAGCUCCAAAUUGGCUUGAACUUCCAAAAGAUGUGACAUUAAAGAUACUCCAAUUACUUGGUGCUGUAGAAAUUGUGAUGAUUGCUCGUCAAGUGUGUCCUAUGUGGAGAAACAUUUGUAUGAACCCUAGCAUGUGGAAGAGCAUUGAAAUGAUCAAAGUUCUCAAUUCACCAUAUGACUUGGAGAAGAUUUGUAUGUAUGCUGUUGAUCAUGGUGGUGAUCAUGUGGAAGAAAUUAAUGUUGAGUUUUUUGCUACUGAUAAACUCAUCAAAAAAAUAGCUGAAAGAACUAGCAAUCUGCGACGCAUUCGGAUUUCAAAGUGUUCAAAAAUUUCCGAUAAAGUAUUCAUUGAUGCUGCAAAAAAGUUUCCACUGCUAGAAGAGCUUGAACUUUCAUUCAAUGAUUUAAACAAAGAAUCCCUAGAAGCAAUAGGCAAAAACUGUCCUCUUUUGAAAACCCUAAAAUUCAACCGAACCUACAAAGGGAUUAAUUGUUCAUCAUACAAAGGUUUCAAAUGCAACAAAGAAGCACUUGCUAUUGCUACAACAAUGCCUAGGUUACAACAUCUUGAUCUUUGGGGAAACAAGCUUACAAAUGAAGGAUUGAUGGCUAUUCUUGAUGGUUGUCCUGACCUUAAAUCACUUGACAUUCGUAUGUGUUACAAUAUCGUUAUGCGCGGAAAUUUGGCGAAAAGGUGUUACGAGAAUAUUAAAAAAUUUAGGCAUCCAUGUGAGUAUAUUGAGAAAAAUGAUGUUGAUGAAGAUGAUUUUGUUUAUGAGUUUCAUUGCGAAUGUCGUCCGAGAGGUAGCAAGGCAAGAUACAUGGAUUUUAGUAAGUUUCAUCGUUGA